UAAAUCGUAAAUUACCCUAAUUAUUCUCAACAAGCUACUGCUUGGCUGUUACGUUCGCCGCCCUUCCAGUCAACUCGGACCACAUAAACUCCUUUAAAUACACACGGCAGUCUCAUCCAUUUCCUCACCUCUCCUCCUCUCUGAACUGAAAGUACCCGUUUACGGAAUUGUAAGAAUGGAGUUAGAAAAAUCCAUCCCAAGAGAAGAAACCCCAGUUACAUCAGUUGCAGGAAGCUCAAGCUCUCCAUCCUUAUCAUCUUCAUCCAACUAUGAUCUUUGUCAUCGCGCCAAAUCUUUUCCUACCCUGGAGAUGGGUGUGCUGAAGAGUAGUUCUUCUGAAAACAGACUCGCUUGGUUGCGCUCUCAAAUCAUUGGUGACGAUGUAGAAUUUGAUUCUCCCUUUGGAAAACGAAGACUCACCUAUGCUGAUCAUACUGCCUCCGGCCAGUCUCUUCGCUUUGUUGAAAAUUUCAUCAUUAACAAUGUUCUUCCCUCUUAUGGGAACACUCACACUUGCGACAGUUACGUGGGGCAGAGAACAACCAAAAUGGUACAAGAAGCAACUCAAUACAUAAAGAAGAGCUUAGGUGGUGGACAAGAGGAUGCAAUCAUGUUCUGUGGCUCAGGCACCACAGCAGCUAUUAAACGUCUACAAGAGGUAAUGGCCAUAGCUGUGCCCUCCACUCUGAGAGAGAGGAUAAUUAAAUGCAUUACAAAUGAGGAAAGAUGGGUAGUUUUCGUUGGACCUUAUGAGCACCACUCCAACCUCCUUUCAUGGAGACAAAGCUUAGCUGAAGUUAUAGAAAUUGGCAUGGAUAAUGAUGGCUUGAUAGACAUGGAAGCUCUGGAAAAACUUCUGGACACUUACAGAAAGGCCAAUCGUCCAAUAUUAGGGUCAUUUUCAGCUUGUAGUAAUGUGACUGGGAUUUAUUCGGAUACUCGAGGAAUUGCUCAGCUUCUUCAUCGCUAUGGAGGUUUUGUUUGUUUUGAUUUUGCAGCCAGUGGACCCUACGUGGAGAUUGACAUGAGAUCUGGGGUAAUUGAUGGGUAUGAUGCAAUUUUUCUUAGCCCACAUAAGUUUCUUGGUGGGCCUGGAUCUCCUGGAAUUCUUCUGAUGAGUAAAGCUCUGUAUCAGCUGAGAUCUUCUCCACCAUCUACUUGCGGAGGUGGAACUGUUUGUUAUGUCAGUGGCUUCAAUGAAAAGGAUACAUUAUAUUUGGAAGAGAUAGAAGAGAGAGAAAAUGGAGGGACUCCACAAAUAAUCCAAACAAUUAGAGCAGCAUUGGCUUUCUGGGUUAAAGAAUACAUUGGCUACCAAAUGAUAGAAAAACAAGAAACCUAUUACAUAAACAAUGCAUUAAAGAGGCUUAUGUCCAACGAGAACAUAUGGGUAUUAGGAAACACAAGUGUAAAGAGAAAAGCUAUAUUGUCCUUCCUUGUAUAUUCUACUACCAACUCUUCCUCAAAUGGAAUUGAAGAUAGUGAACGUAGAGAGGGAAAGGAAGGAGAUCUUUACAUGUGGACAGAGAGAGGGAACAAGAGAGAUAAGCCUCUACAUGGACCUUUCGUUGCAGCUUUGCUGAAUGACUUGUUUGGGAUUCAAUCUAGGGGUGGGUGUGCUUGUGCUGGACCUUAUGGUCAUGUUUUGCUUAACAUCAAUGAGACUUUCUCCCUUGAUUUUAGAUCUGCCAUACAACAGGGAUAUCAUGGAGUAAAGCCAGGAUGGACAAGAAUUAGCUUCCCAUACUACACGUCCAAUGAGGAAUUUGAGUUCAUUCUUGCAGCUCUGGAAUUUAUAGCUAUUUAUGGCCAGAGAUUUCUUCCAUUGUAUGGCUUCGAUUUCAAAACUGGAAGCUGGUCUUUGAAGAAAAAGGCAUUUAAGGACUUAGUUGUAGGAAACCAGAAACAUGACAACGACUCGCCGUUUGCUGGUUUUAAUGAUGAUGGGAAUGGGAUUAUCAAUAAGCAUAAAUUAUAUUUAGAAACUGCUAAGCAAAUUGCUAAUUUGCUUCCCAAAUUCCCUUGUCACCGUAAGCUUCCGGAACAUUUAGAUUAUAAUCUCCUAUAUUUUCGAGUUUAAUUCUUAAUCUAUUCAUUUCUUUGUAUUAUUUUUCAUCUCUAUUUUAUAAAAAAUUAUGUGAAAUUCUCCUAUCAA